GAGAGGUGGAGUUUGGCAAGCAGGGGCCAGAAAGGGACGAAGUACGAGGGGGGCUGUCGGAGUUGGGGAAGAAGCGUUAUUUGUGGUGUAAAGCUCCUGGUAGUUUUAGGCCCUGGAGCUUUAGCACUGCACUAGCCCUCCCAGGAUUCGUGUCCACCCGGCAGAGCUAGCCCACCUCACACAAAAGCUCUUGAAUUAGUCUCUCAUAAAACAGCGAGGCGGGGGGAGAUAAGGAGAACGGGGAUCAGACCAAGUGAAGUUUUUCUCGUUAUGCAACUUAUUUCUGUCUUCGGAACCGUGAAACGCAGAGCGGUCAGUUUCACUUUCUGGUUCCCAGGCUCCAUACUGCAGCGUUUCAUUUGUUUACUUGGUCCUGCUUCAGCACAGGGGCUGAACUUAACUUCUGGAGCUCUUUCCAGCCCUGCAAUUCUAUGGGGAGAUGUUUAAAUCCGGGGUAACAGUCUCCGUGUCAGGACAACCUUUCCAGCAGUUUGGGUUUUGUAAAGGGUCACCAACUUUUUUUAAAAAGUUAAAUUUUGAGCCUGGCCUAAGCAAAGGUGCCCUUGCAAUGAAAACAGUUCUUUUUAUUAUAAAGUUAACAUACUUACCCUGAGAAUAAAUUCUCUCUGCAAAAGAAAGUUGGGUUUGAAGAAAGAAAAGAACAUGACAAUAGUCAGAGACCUCACUGGGGAUUAAGGUACAGAGAGAUUAAGUGAUCUCCUGCAUCCCAGUUUAGUGACCUAGCAACAAAGACCUGCUUUCCUAGUGGCACAAAAGCUGAGACACUGACACCAGAGCAGAUAACAGAGUACAAAGGCGUCUUCGAGAUGUUUGAUGAGGAGGGCAAUGGGUUAGUGAAAACAGAUGAUCUGGAGAAGCUUAUGAGCUUGAUGGGAAUCAACCCAACCAAGAGAGAGCUGGCGACAAUGGCAAAGGAGGUGGACAAAGACAAUAAGGGCACCUUGAACUGCGACAGUUUUCUGGUUUUGAUGGGCAUUUACCAUGAAAAGGCUAAAAACCAGGAUGAAGAGCUGAGGGCUGCAUUCAAGGUCUUUGAUAAGGAACACAAAGGCUACAUUGAUUGGAAUACACUCAAGUAUGUACUGAUGAAUGCCGGAGAGCCACUAAAUGAACAGGAGGCUGAAUUGAUGAUGAAAGAAGCUGAUAAAGAUGGAGAUGGAACCAUUGAUUAUGAAGAGUUUGUGGCCAUGAUGACUGGAGAAUCCUUUAAGCUUGUUCAAUAGCAUCCUGAAGAAGAACCAGAUCCUUUGUUACAAAGAUCCUUGCUCGACACUCUCACCUGCAAGGACUGCAAUUCUUCUCAAGAUGCUGUGAUCCGGAGAUGUUUCCAAACACUGCUCAUACACUACCCACGUCUGAGUAACUUCACCUGGCAUUCACAGCAGAAGGAAGCUACAGAUCAGAGCAGAGCUGAGAUACUCCUCUCACAGCAGGUGUAGAAGCUCUUGCAGGACAGAUUCAGUUAUUCAAGCAAUCUGUUUUGGGCCAUGGAAAUCAUACAAGAGCCAUAAUUUAUGUUUAUUAAUAAACUUUAUAUAGAAAGUUUUUCUAAUAUGGCUUUAAAGAGUCCUGUGAAAGGAACAUAGCGUACUUGGGAAAGGAAUGCAUGUGCUUUGCCAGGACUCUCACUUCUCCUGUAUAAAUCAUUCCUGGGACUGAGAAUUGCUCCCAGGUCCACACCUACUUUUAUGCAUCUCAAAAACAGUUCACACCUUGGUUAGAAAUGCCUAAACUUCACUUCUGCACGGUGGACUAAAUAAAGCUACCCGAGGGAGUGCCUG